AUGUGGCUCCUCACGGUAAACAAGGUGUUAAGGAAGAUGCAGAGACGCCACAGCAGUAACACGGAUAACAUCCCACCUGAAAGAAAUCGCAGCCAAGCCCUCAGCCCCGAGGCAAGCGUGGAUGAAGGGGGCGUCUUCGAGAGCCUGAAGGCAGAAGCCGCCUCCCCGCCCGCCCUCUUCUCCGGCCUCUCGGGCCUCCCGGCAGGCAGCCUUCCUGCAGCCCCGUUCCCCUCCAGCCUGGUGCUGAGGGCCUCUGCCAGUGGCGGGGACGUGUUCCUCCAGAUGCCGGCGUCCAGGGAGGAGGGGGGCAGCCGGGGCGAGGGGGGCACCUACCACCACCGCCAGCCCCACCACCACUUCCACCACGGAGGCCACCGCGGGAGCUCGCUGCUGCAGCACGUGGGCGGGGACCACCGCGGGCACCCCGAUGAGGCGGGCGACGAGCACCCGGGCACGCCCGCCCCCGCCCUGUCCGAGCUGAAGGCGGUGGUCUGCUGGCUCCAGAAAGGCCUGCCCUUCAUCCUCAUCCUCCUGACCAAACUGUGCUUCCAGCAUAAGCUCGGCAUUGCUGUGUGCAUCGGGAUGGCCACCACCUUCGCCUACGCCAACUCCACCCUCCGAGAACAGGUCUCUCUGAAGGAGAAGAGGUCGGUGCUGGUCAUCCUGUGGAUCUUGGCCUUCCUGGCAGGGAACACCCUGUAUGUGCUCUACACGUUCAGUUCCCAGCAGCUGUACAACAGCCUCAUAUUUCUGAAGCCCAACCUGGAGACCCUGGACUUCUUCGACCUGCUGUGGAUCGUGGGGAUCGCAGACUUCGUGCUGAAGUACAUCACUAUCGCCCUCAAGUGCCUCAUCGUGGCCCUGCCCAAGAUCAUCCUGGCCGUCAAGUCCAAGGGAAAGUUCUAUCUGGUCAUCGAGGAGUUGAGCCAGCUGUUCCGAUCGCUGGUCCCCAUCCAGCUGUGGUACAAGUACAUCAUGGGUGACGACGCUGCCAACAGCCACUUUCUGGGCGGGGUCCUGAUGGUCCUCUACAGCCUCUGCAAGUCCUUCGACAUCUGUGGCCGCGUGGGUGGGCUCAGGAAAGCCCUGAAGCUUCUUUGUACCUCUCAGAAUUACGGAGUCCGGGCCACUGGGCAGCAGUGCACAGAGGCUGGUGACAUCUGCGCCAUCUGCCAGGCCGAGUUCCGGGAGCCUCUCAUCCUUAUGUGCCAGCACGUGUUCUGUGAGGAGUGCCUCUGCCUCUGGCUGGACCGCGAGCGCACCUGCCCGCUCUGCCGCUCCGUGGCCGUGGACACCGUGCGCUGCUGGAAGGACGGGGCCACGUCGGCGCACUUCCAGGUGUACUAG